AUGGUAUGGAAAGAAGGCAUAGUGGAGGAAGGCAGCGAUCAUGGAUGGAUGUUUACUUUCAGUAGACGUAGAAGGUUGCGCCAAAUACUGCGCCCGUUGGCCUUUCACAGAUUUAAAUUUAUUGUAUUCAUGUGUUUUUUUAUGGCUAUUUGUACAUAUCUUUUGUCCCGCAUCGGAGAGGAUGGAGGAGAAGUGUUGUUGCGUCAAAGUGGUGUAAUCACGACAAACUUGGAUCGCAUUACGGAUCCAGUAAAUGAGCUUGUCGCCGAGGAAACCAUGACGCAGCUGCAUCACGGUACAUACCGCGUCGUCAGUCUAUUAAAGGAUGGGUCUGGGGACGCUAUCCAGUUUGUGUUCAAGGCAGAAUGCCGGCCUGCAUCGAGGUGGCAUGGCCAACAGGGAUGGACUGAAGUCGCCGUGUAUCAUUUUCAACAGCUUUUCUACGAGGGGGAUGAAUGGGCAUAUCCGAAGGCUGAGCUCGCACGUGGUGUGGUGAUCGCCAUCACGGAGGAGCAACUGCUGCGUGUCGUACACAGAGAUCGUUGCGGAGUGCUCACAGAAAAGGAUAUGGUACAUCUAUCGAGGAAUAUAACGCAUGGGAAAAAGUUCCAGCGUAGGGAUCAUAUUGUUGUCACUGGAAAAAGUAAAAAAGCAACUGUUUUGAUGAUUGGUGUUGCCCUAACUUGGCGAGAUGGCUUUGAUGAUAAUACUUAUCCAUCCGCUUCCGUGUAUGCCCCUUAUUUUCUCGUCCCUCCAUUUUAUAAUCCGAUAAAGCGGGAGCCCAUUCAUCGUUUUGUUUUGCAUGAAAUGUCGGAUGUUAUGGUCUUUGACUAUCUCUUAUUGAAUCCAGAUCGCGCUUUUGGUAAGAACUGGUUCCGAGACAAGGCGACGCAUUUGCACUCGGCUUUAAUUGAUAAUGGUUGGGCCUUUGCCGGGCAGAAGUUCGGGUCCUCGGUGUGCGAGGUGGAGAGUGGGCUCCUACACUGUCCCUCGCCGCUACGAACGUGGAGCAACCAAAGAAGUAGUCAGUGGCGAUGUACACCAAGAGACCAUGCAAAGACUGAUUUUGAAGCCGAAAUGGUCAUGAAAGCACGUCGCCCUGGUUUGCUGAAAUGGUGCCGUUUUCGACCUGAGACACGCCAUGCCCUCAACCGGACACGGAUGCAAUGGCAUAAUGAAAACCAUGCAAGCACGUCUCUUUCUCAACGGUGGAUAGAAAAGAUGAAGUCAGAUACACUUGUGGCUUUUUUGCUGGGGGCCUAUGGUGAAGAAACAUCGAAAAACCGGUUUAAUCGAGCUCUGGCACGUUACGUGCAUGAAUGUCCUUCGCACCCUGUUGCAAAAGAAGCCACCGGAUAUAAGAUGUCCUCGCUGAAUCUCUUGCAUGCACUGGAAGUUGGACUGCUAGCUCGCAUGGACAGGCUGGCCGCCCACUUGGAAGAGUGUCUACAGGAGUGUGGUGAAACCUACGUAUACGCAAUUGAUGUUGAGAAUUGA